UGGAGUUUGGCGUUUCUUCAAAUUGUGUGGUGGACUGGUAUUCUUUCUGCCGCGAAGUGUACUUUCAUCACAUUUCAACGACGUCGAAGAAAAUUGGCGGACCUUUGACAGUCGUUGAAAUUGACGAGGCAAAAUUUGGAAAGAGAAAGUACAAUCGCGGCAGAAAUAUUCAGGGACAGUGGGUUUUUGGGGGAAUAGUUUACGUUUGCAAAGAUGGCGGCGCAGAGCAGAGAGUCCUUCCUUGUUCCUGUAGAACAAAGCGAUAGGGACACUCUGCUCGACAUAAUUAAACAAUGGGUUCUACCAGGUACCACAAUUGUUAGCGACUGUUGGCGGGCCUACAAUUGUCCCGGUGACGAGGGAUUUAGGCACUUAACGGUAAAUCACUCAAUAAACUUUGUCGACCCUAACACCGGCGCCCACACGAACACGAUUGAGAGACACUGGAGGGAAGUCAGGGCCAACAUCCCUCGGUAUGGUGUCCAGACUGACCAUUUUGUUGGGUACCUGGCAGAAUUCCUUUUUAAGGCAAAAUACCCCCACGCACAUACCAGGCUCCACCACUUUUUUGUUGCUGCUGCUCAGCUAUAUCCGCCAACACACUAAUGGUAUGUGUUCUCUGUUAAUAUC